UCACUAACUUCCUUUUUACUGUGGCCGCCAUAGAGUGAGGAGCGUGGUUCCCGGCGAGCCGAAAAUAUCUUACAAAAAUGGCUUGUGCCCGACCCCUGAUCUCGGUGUAUUCUGAGAAAGGAGAAUCCUCAGGCAAAAAUGUUGUCAUGCCUGCUGUGUUCAAGGCCCCAAUUCGGCCUGAUGUUGUGAAUUUUGUGCACACCAACAUGCGCAAAAACAGCCGCCAGCCAUAUGCAGUUAGCGAACUGGCAGGUCACCAGACCAGUGCUGAGUCCUGGGGUACAGGAAGAGCUGUGGCCCGUAUUCCCCGUGUGAGAGGUGGUGGCACUCACCGCUCUGGUCAGGGUGCUUUUGGAAAUAUGUGUCGUGGAGGUCGUAUGUUUGCUCCCACCAAGACCUGGCGUCGUUGGCACCGCAGGAUCAACACAACCCAGAAGCGCUAUGCCAUCUGCUCUGCCCUGGCUGCUUCUGCCCUUCCUGCACUUGUGAUGUCCAAAGGACACCGCAUUGAGGAAAUCCCUGAGGUCCCACUGGUGGUUGAAGACAAAGUGGAGCACUACAAGAAGACCAAGGAGGCUGUGCUUCUGCUGAAGAAGCUUAAAGCCUGGAAUGACAUCAAAAAGGUCUACGCUUCUCAGCGCAUGCGUGCUGGUAAAGGUAAAAUGAGGAACCGCCGUAGGAUCCAGCGUAAAGGACCAUGCAUCAUCUACAACCAAGAUGCUGGAAUCAUCAAAGCCUUCAGAAAUAUCCCAGGCAUCACUUUGCAAAACGUGAAUAAACUGAACCUUCUGAGACUUGCCCCUGGUGGUCACAUUGGGCGUUUUUUGAUAUGGACUGAGAGCGCUUUCCGCAAGCUGGAUGAGCUCUACGGCACCGGGCGCAAACCUUCCUCCCUGAAAGUUGACUACAACUUGCCAAUGCACAAGAUGACCAACACAGACCUGAGCAGGAUUCUUAAGAGUGAGGAGAUCCAGAAAGCACUUCGUGCACCAAACAAGAAGAUCAAUCGCAGAGUACUGAAGAAGAAUCCUCUGAAGAACUUGAGGAUAAUGCUCAAACUGAACCCUUAUGCGAAGACAGCAAGACGUCUUGCCAUCCUCAAGCACGACCCUACGAUCAAGGCCAAGAUGCUGAAACCCAAGAAGAAGCCUGGAAAGAAGGGAGCACCCAAAAAACCCAAGGCAUAAAUUUAUACGUGGCAGACUGGACGUUCAGUAAAAAUAAAACCGUGGUUUCAAAUUCA